GGCUGGGCUCGCUCCCCGCGCUCCUCCCCGCCGCCCCGGCCUCCCGCCCUCGCCUGCCAUCCGCGCACCGCAGCCCAGGCCGCGCGGUCCCUGCCUCCUACUUUCUGUCUCGUCCUGAGGAUACUGACAGGAGUGUGUGUUGUGUGGCGGGGUAGGGUAUGCUCGGGAAUUUUAAGUCACAAGGCUCAGGUUUUGAGGGGUGUGUGUGUGUGAUUGUGAUAUUUGGAAAUUAAACCUAGGACCUUCACCCCUCAGCUAAAUCCCCAACUUCUCUCUGCCAUAGAGGACCACGCUGAAUUGACCUCGCUGUGCUCGAGCUUGUGAUCCUUUUGCCUCAUUCUCCCAGAGUACUGGGGAUCACAGUUCAUUAAAUAUAACUAAGGAAUAAGCAACAUGUUCUACACCCAUGUGCUUAUGAAUAGGCGAGGGCCACUGGCCAAAAUAUGGCUUGCAGCUCACUGGGAGAAGAAACUCACAAAGGCCCAUGUAUUUGAAUGUAAUCUAGAGACAACCAUUGAAAAAAUUAUUUCACCUAAGGUGAAAAUUGCACUUCGUACUUCAGGACACCUUCUUUUGGGAAUUGUUCGAAUCUAUGAUAGGAAGGCAAAAUAUCUUUUGGCCGACUGCAGUGAAGCAUUUCUUAAAAUGAAGAUGACAUUCCGCCCAGGACUGGUUGACCUCCCAAAAGAGAGUUUUGAAGCAGCUUACAAUGCUAUUACAUUACCAGAAGAAUUUUAUGAUUUUGACACUCAUAAUAUAAAUGUGAUUGAUAUUUCAGAGCAAUUCACUCAGAACCAAAGCAGACCUGAAGAAAUUACACUUAGAGAACAGGAUGGCAAUGAUCUACUUUUCCAAACAGAUAACUUUGGGGAAGAAUCUGAAAUUCUCAGAAGACAUAGUUUCUUUGAUGACAACAUAUUACUGAACUCCAGUGGUCAUUUAAUUGAACAUAGUCCUAGAAGUCUCACUGAAGAAAAAGUUUUGUUCUGUGACAGUGGAGAUGGAUUUGGAGAUGAAGGAUCUGCAGGAGAAAUGAUUGACAAUCUAUUGCAAGAUGAUGAUGAUAUUAUCCUGUUAGAAGACACGCAUUUAAACAGAGACAUUUCCCGGCCUUCUGAGCUUCCCAGUACAAUAAUGGAACCAGAUAAUCCAGAUGGCAUAUGUCUGCAUGAGAAUGAAAAACUGGGUGAAGUAACAUUAUUAUCAAAUGAAGAGGAAGGAUUUGCUCUUGAGCCAGUUGACAUUUCAGACAUUGUUGAGAAAAGGAAAAGCAAAAAGAGGAGAUUGCUUAUAGAUCCAGUCAAGGAGAUCAGUAGCAAAACUAUGUAUAAACAGCUUACUUCCUUUUCCGACACACUCAUGGUUUUAGAACUUGCACCUCCUACCCAGAGAUUAAUGAUGUGGAAGAAGAAGGGAGGAGUGGACAUUCUUCUGUCAACUGCUGCCCAGGAUUUGAUUCAUGGCGAACUGAAAGUGUUGUUUACAAAAUGCUUUCUGUCUUCUGGCUUUAAAUUUCGAGGAAAAUUGAUACAGAAGGAAUCAGUAAAGGAAGAACUGGAAAGACAAAACGGAGUAGAGAUCUCCAUGAUAGAAGAGCCAAAUGCCCAGCAAGGGUUAAGUCAUCCCCAGAUUUGGAAGGAUACAAUUGAUGAAUUUAAGAGUAGCUCUAAUGAAGAUAUAAAUAAAAAUAGUAACUCUGAGCAGGAUAUUACUGAAGUGACUCCUCCAGCUGCUGAAGAAUCAUCUAUAAAGAAUGAUUUGGUCCAAGAACAUUUUCCAGUUAAAAUGGAGGCAUUGGUGAAUGAACAAAGUAAUGAAGCUGAGAGAUGGAGUGAAAGAUUAUUUCAAGUGUUAAAUAGUUUACAGGAAUCUAACAGGAUGGGAAUGCAGUCCUUUAGUCUGAAGAAAUUCUGCAGAAAUAGUAACCGAAAACAAGCUGCUGCCAAUUUUUAUAGCUUUCUUAUGCUUAAAAAACAGCGGGUUAUUGAGCUGAGUCAGAGUGUUCCCUAUGCAGACAUUAUAGCUACAGUGGGGCCAAUGUUCCAUAAAAUGUGAAGGAAAUACAGAACAUGCAGGUUUAUGCUGUCACAGGUAUUUCUGUACAGAUGAUUCCAUUUAAUGCAGAAACCUUCUGGAAGCAGCUGAAGGUCUGAUUUGUUUCAUAGGUAGGCUGACCUCAUGUGCCUCUCUGUUCAGAAUACUCAUAGCCAGAAUUGGAAAUCUAUCUGCUUACAGAAAUAUUGAUUAUAGCUAGGUAAUUUUUAAAACUCAGCUUAUUUGAAGGUAUAGCCUUUAUCAUUUCCCUAGUUUGAAUGUAGCAUUUAGAAUACAUUUUUUAAAACAUUGUAAGCCUUUGAGAGACAUUCAAGGAUGUUUUUUAAAAGACUAUUUUA